AUGCAGCAGAGCAAUUUCCUUUUUCGCAAGUUUUCAGAAGCUGCUGCAGUUUUUAGAGGUGGAGAUGAGGCCAGGGACAGGGAUGCUGGUGAGAAGUUCACCAAGAACUCUUCUGAGGCUCGAGAAGUGCUUGAUGAUCGAUGCAUUCUUCUGGGUUUCGGGGGUUAUUGGGGAACAAGAAGCCAACAGAGAGUUGAAAACGAUGGAGAAGAAGAAGAACAGAUAAAUGAUGAGGACUAUACAAAAGGGAAGGCCAAAGUGCUACGAGAUCUUAUAGUGGAGGAGAGGAAGAGGAAAACAAUAUUCUAUAUUAAUGGAGCCUGGAAAUCGAGGAUAACAGCUUUGCUUGCAGAGCCAAAAAUGCAGGGAGAAUACAUACAAAGAAGGAAGUCAACUUGGCCUAAAGAACAGCUUGCAGGGUAA